AUGCGUUUCAUCAACUUCGGCCUUGUCGCCCUUUCUUCCCUCUUCGCGGUCUCUUCCGCCGCUCCUACUGCCGCCGUCCCGGAGCUCCCUGCCGUCCCGGAGCUCCCUGCCGUCAAGGACAUCAACGUCAAGCAGCCCCUCGUUGAGGUCGAGGCUCUUGGCCGCCGUACCGACGAUGUUGUCUGCUCGAAGAUCCAGUCCACCCUCGUCGAGGUCAAGAAGCACACUACCAUCAUCAACUCCACCAUGUCGAGCGUGCACGGUGUGACCGAGAAGGCCGAGAAGCUUAAGAUCAUCACCCUUGUCAAGUCGGAGGUCACCAUCAUCGUCCAGCUCCUCACCACCCUUGUUGGCGACAUCACCGUCCUCCUCACCGAUAUCACCACCAUCACCGGCUCCGUCAAGGAUGAGAUCGUCAGCGUCGUUGUCGAGCUCCUCAUGGAGAUCCUCCUCACCCUCAACAGUGUGCUCUCCACCUUGAAGAUCACCAUCUUCGAGCUCCUCGGCCCUAUUGUCUUUGCCCUUCUCGCCGUUAUCAUCAACCUGCUCGCCAUCCUCAACGUCGUCAUCGUUGACCUGCUCAAGAUUGUCUUCGGUCUUCUUGGCGGUGUUGCUGGCAUCCUUACCAACGUCCUUGCCGGCGUUGGCUCCCUCGUCUCUGGUCUCCUCACCGGUCUCGUCGGUGGUGCUCUCGGCCUCGUCGGUGGCAUUGUCGGCUGCAUCUUGUAA